AUGGCGAGCCUCAGCUCCUGCCUCCUGCUCGCCCUGGCCCUGCUCAGCCCCCACGCUGCGGCUGCGAGGAAGUGUGAUCUGCAGGGCCUGUGGAGGAACGAGCUGGGCUCCAACAUGACCCUCUCAGCCCUGGACGCAUCCGGCACCUUCUCGGGCUCCUACCACACCGCCGUGGCAGCCACCAACAAGCAGAUCCUGGUGUCACCUCUGCAAGGGGCCCAGCAGCACACCAGUGCCAAGGGGCAGCAGCCCACCUUUGGCUUCACCGUGCAGUGGCAGUUCGCAGACUCCACCACUGCCUUUGUGGGCCAGUGCUUCAUGGACCGCCGUGGGAAGGAGACGCUGGAGACUGUGUGGCUCCUGCGGGAAGAAGUCCCAUCCCGCAGGGACUCCUGGAAAGCAACCAGAGUGGGCACCUCCAUCUUCACCCGCAUCAAGUGA